AUGACCGUCUUCGGAAGUAUUUCCGAGCUCAAGGGAAUGAAGUCACUACCGAACCCAAUCUCGGAGGAGCAAGCGAUAAUCCAUCAUCCUCAAGAGCUUACAAGGAAUGGGGACGGUGAUAUACUCCAGCCGGAUCGGCUUCAAGUUAAGGUCACACCUAAUAGCUCCGACAAGAAACUAUUUGAUUUUAAAAGCGAUGAUCCCAAGAUAAAAUUAAAAUUAUUUGAUGGCCCAAGCGGAAUUGAAAAAAUGGAAAGACUAGAACACACACAAGAAUUGAUAGACAGCAUUUCCCGGCGGAAGACUGAGCUGGCCAGUCGCGAAGUGCGGUCCUUUGGAAAUCAAUGGGGCGUCUUACACGUCAAAGAAGAACAUGAGUACACGUUGCAGGCUCUGCGAGGUCGCUUGUCAGAUCUUAUCGACAAGAAAGAUUUCACCCUAGAUGAUCCUUUGUGGAACGAAAUGACCCAUAACAUCCAAGCAAUCUCGAAACCUAUCAGGGAAUUAGAACUGGAAGUACAAAAAUUUAAGAAAAAGAGUGAAGGGUUUUUUGGGCGGUUAUACUCGAUCUGGAAAUAUCUGUUUGAUUACCAGACUUGGCAGAGGCAAAUUUUCACGCAAUCACUGCGAAGGAUUCGGAUUGAGCUUCGAAAUAGGCCACCAACUAUGCAAGAGCAUAUCGUCUUGCAACUUGAGAAAAUUGGAGCAGCCGGGUUUCCUAUCACCCGCAAAGAAGUACGACUGGCGGAGAAAAUUUCAAAAUCAUCUGAAGUUGUGACCAAUAUGAACUUACCAAGUAUCAGGACGCUUUCCACAAACGAAGAAAGUUUAUUGAAAGAAAUCAGUCGUCGUACUAUACCAGUCAGGAGAGAAGAGCAGGCUGAGGAGCUAGUCAGGAAACUAGCAAAAGCCCCAAAAGGAUCGGAGUUGUUUCGAAAUAAUCCGCGAGAUUUUCACCUGAUUGAAAAUGCGCUCCGCGAGUUGGCUAGCAAGGAACGAGAAGGAAAGGUCUGGACGCCAGCCGAAAGAGAUUUACUAGCGGACCUGAUGAUAGAAAGCAGAGGGUUAGGAAAGAGGAGAAGCAAGCUCGGUCGAAUUCUGGCGAACCUGAAAAAACGAAAGGCUUUGGUUGUCUUGCAAGCCGGUGCUCAUUCUCAAAUGCAGGGGAUGGAGCAGCUGAAAUUGAAGCUUGAAGAAUUUGGGCGCAUUACCCAUGAAGAGAUGGCCGAGGUGACCAAGCUAGCAGAACAGUACUACCGACUGAAAGAACAAGCUGACACUCCCCUACAUCUCGAUAUAAUCCGUGUUGCAAGGGAACAGUUGCAGAAGAAAGCAUUAUCCAAGGAAAACCGAGCGAUUCUAGUACUGGACGACCUAAAAGAACGCAAUAGACUAGACGACGGACAAAAGAAGCUCUUAGAGAAAUUACAGGAGGCUAGCCCUGCCGUUGACAUUCCAGAGGAGGGAAAGCAAAUGGUUCGAGAACAUGUGGAGAUGCUCAUGAAAAUUCACCCGCUUGAAAAGGCUCAAGCCUUUGACGCAGCACUGCGUGCAACACCAGAGUUUGUGGACAUUCUGCAAACACGCAAGCUUACCAAAGCCCAGUUUUUCGAGGAGGUCGUGAGCUCAAGACCCGCAGUGGAAUGGUGGACUGAGCUAUCUGCGAAGAUGAAGGAGGGACCUCAUGAAGAACUCGCCACGGCGGGGAAAUUUCUCACUUUCGCUGAGAGAUGUCAGGUUCUCGUGCUCUCGACCAGACUUUUCCGAGUGCUCCCAACUCGCCAUCCCAGCUUAGAACACCUAGCGCUUGAACGACUCGUCAACCUCGCGCAAAUCAAACGUUUGACCGAGCCGGAGCUGAAGCUUCGUAUUGGUUUGACGGAAAGUGACUUUGGAAUGAUAAAUACACCCCAAGCCAAACGGAUGAUUCGCAACUUGGCAACUGAAGAAACCUUGGUCAACAAUUGCAAAGCCUCAAUUGCAGAUCAGAAACUGGUGCUACGACUCGCCCAGAACGUCGACAUAGGUCAGCUGGAUCAAGAAGCCCGACAGAAGCUGGAUUAUCUUUUUCCAGAGGAACUCAACCAGCUCGGGGACCUCAUCUCACGCGAUGAUGCUGACGAAAAAUUCCGAGAAGCGACUAAAUUUUCUCAAAUAAUGGAGUUGCUUGAGCAAGCCUCGAAUCGCAUCAAGCUUGAACCCUACCUGUCGGAUCGCGACGACCUCUUAAAAUUUCUUGAAUGGGACGCCACAAGACCUCGGCAUGCUCUAGCAGAAAAAUGGGAACUCGAAUACUUGGCCAACGCGUUUGAGCAGAGGGCAGCUCAAACGUCAUUCGGCCGGCGAGCUCAACUACCGUGA